GAACCAAAACUGCAAAUCCCCAAAAUUCAAAAAAAAAAAAAAAACCAAACACUCUCCCAAUUUUCUCGAGAAAAUCUCCUCCCCCGCCGCCCCCGAUUUUCUCGAGAAAAUCCCACCGCCGCCGCCUCCCCGCACCGCUCCCAGAUGAGCCGCCGCGGCGGUGCCCCGCUCCUCCUCCUCGCGGCCGCGAUCCUGCUGCUCUCGGUCCGUCCGGCGGCCCCGAUCGGAUCCCAGCCUUCCCCGCGGGGCGGCGAGGCGUACGUCACGCUCCUGUACGGCGAUGAGUUCUUGCUGGGAGUCCGCGUGCUGGGGAAGUCGAUCCGCGACACCGGGGCCACCAAGGACAUGGUGGUUCUGGUCUCCGACGGCGUCUCCGAUUACGCCAAGAAGCUCCUCAAGGCUGAUGGCUGGAUAGUGGAAAAGAUCAGUCUACUGGCCAACCCCAAUCAAAAGCGUCCAGCUAGGUUUUGGGGUGUCUACACCAAACUGAAAAUAUUCAACAUGACUAGCUAUAAAAAAGUUGUAUACUUGGACGCAGAUACUAUUGUGGUUAAAAGUAUUGAGGAUCUGUUUAAAUGCGUGAAAUUCUGUGCUAACUUGAAGCACUCAGAGAGGCUUAAUUCUGGAGUCAUGGUAGUGGAACCUUCUGAGACUGUUUUUAAUGAUAUGAUGGGCAAAGUGCAAACCCUGUAUUCUUACACUGGAGGUGAUCAGGGUUUUCUAAAUUCGUACUAUAGCGACUUUGCCAAUGCACAUCUUUUCGAGCCAAAUUUAUCGCCAGAGGUGUUGAAAUCUCGACCAGUUCCUGAAAUGGAGCGACUUUCUACUCUAUACAAUGCAGAUGUUGGUCUUUACAUGCUUGCAAACAAGUGGAUGGUCGAUGAAAGUGAACUCCGGGUUAUUCACUAUACACUUGGACCCCUUAAACCUUGGGACUGGUGGACAUCCUGGCUUCUGAAACCUGUAGAUGUGUGGCAGAAUGUGAGGGAACAACUUGCUGAUUCCCUUCCUGGAACUGGAGGGGGAAGAAAUCCUAAUGAUGUGUUUCUAGUGAAGUUCCUUUUUCUGCUACCUCUUUGCCUUCUGUUCUUUGGGUACUACCGAUCUCUUCCCCAGGUAUUGCAGCAAUGGCGUUCUUGUAGAAGUUCAUUGGGUGAUAACAUUAGACAGCUUUUACAUAGAAUCAGAUUUAAUGGAGCAUACGCAUAUUCUGGUGUUUCUACGGCAUCUGGCAUUACUUUUAACCAGCAGUUCUCAAAUGGUGCGCCGUCAAAGAUCCCUGUGUAUUUGGGUGGGAUAUCCGUAAUAGUAUGUUUCGCUGCAGCUGCUGUGUCUCUCUUACUGGCUCUCGCAGUUGUGCCUCGGCAAGUAAUGCCGUGGACUGGUUUGCUAUUGAUGUAUGAGUGGACAUUUGCAAUCUUCUUUGUAUUGUUCAGAGGUUAUCUCCAUUUGGUAUAUAAACUUGGAAGGGCGGCAGCAGUUCAAACGGUUGCACAUGCUGACGAUGAAUCUGGGAAAGGUCGUCAACGGCAAACAUCUUCUUGUGAUAUUGCUACCUGCUGUUACUGGUCGGGCAUGGCAUUUUUGGCAAUGGUGGCCCCAGCCUUGCCAUGCAUUUUCGGGAUUACUGCUCUUUUUGCGAGGUUGGGUUUGAUGGUUGGUGGAGGCCUUAUAUUGGCAUCUUUCAUGACCUAUUCUUCAGAGCACCUUGCUAUCGUAUCGUUUAUUAGAGGCUUUGAAGAGCGAGAUUUGAGCCGGUAGCAGAAGCAUAUGUUUGUUAUGUUGACAGGCGGCACCAUCUCCACACGUGAUUCUUUUUUCCUUCUCUGUUGUAACUUAUCACAUAGGCUACCCAAUGAUUGAUGUGUAAAUUAUUGAGGAAUCUUGGCCAGCUUAGAAGUUCUCCUUUUUCAAACAAGAGUAUCUAAACUGUAACAUGCCUUCAUGGAAUGGGAAUCCUAUUUUCGCUUCA